AAAUUAAAUAACGUAUUUAUGAAAGCCGAUACAAGAAGUACUUUGUAAUUAUAAUCCAUCGCAUUUUCACAAUGCUUUGAUAAAAAAUUUAUAACGCAUCAACCUCCACAAUAACUGAGAGAUAAAAUUUCAUUGGGAAAUGAUUAUGUAAGAGUAAAUGGACGACCAGUUCCCACUUUAUUCCUGCGUUUUGUUGUGAAAGUAUAUACCGAUAUGGCGAACAUAAUAGAGAAAAGUUUCAGUUUGAAUUUAAAGGUGCUACACAUCAUGGGAUUAUAUUCGUUGGGCGACAAUUCGGUGGGUUUGAAAUCCUGCAUUUUGUACUUCGUUUUUUUAGUACUCCCUAUAAUAUUAACUUUCAUCAACAUUCUAAUGGAUAAACGCACAGAUAAUGUAGUAGAAAACGCCAUGGUAGUAUAUUUAGUAGAAGCUGUUGACUACUGUUUUAAAUUUUUGCCAUUUCUUUACAAUCCUAAAAAAAUUCAAGAGUGCAUCAAUUUUUUUGGAGACGACAAUUUUGCACCAAAAACGGAUCAAGAAAGAAAAAUUAUAGACGAAUGUAUUUGGGUAUGUCGCAGAAAUUCAUUUGUUUAUUUUUGUGGUAUACUGCUAGCUCUUAUUGGUUGGCAUUUUCCUGUGUUCUUUUUCAAAGGGCGUAAACUUCCUCUAGAUAUCUGGUUACCAUACGAUCCCCUAUCCACAGCUUUCAGAUACUAUCUUACUUUAAUUUAUGUUUUUGGAGCUACUUUUUAUAUCGGUUUUUGUGGAACUACAAUUGAUUCACUUGUGGGUGGUUUGCCGUAUCAUGCUACAGCUCAGUUAAAGAUUCUAAAAUAUAAUUUACAACACAUGGACAAAUUCGUAGAUUAUACUUUAAGAAAACGUAACGAAUAUAUUGUAGAAUACCGCUGUGUGUAUAAACAUUUGCAAUACAGCAUCAACCAUCACAACAAAAUUUUGCGGUUUUUAAAUGAAUUCGAAGAAUGUUUCAGUGUGUGCAUAUUCAGCCAAUUUGCGGGAAGCCUCUUUGGUAUAUGUUUUUGUUGUAUAGGCUUGACACUUGUUUCAGUAGCCACAGUUGAAGGAUUUACCUAUAUUGCAUUAAUUGUUGACAUUACUUUUCAAAUAUUUUUUUAUUGUUACUAUGGUACAUUACUAUAUGAGGAAAGUCAAAGCUUAAACAACGCCAUUUAUAUGGGACCGUGGUACGAAUUUGACAUUAAAACUCGAAAAAUUUUAUUAACUGUAAUGGAACGAGCUAAACGACCAAUGCUUAUCACAGUCGGGAACGUAGUAGAUCUGACCCUUGUAAGUUUGCUAUCGGUUUUGAAAACCAGUUAUUCGUUAAUUGCUGUCCUAAAUACUUAUGAAUAAAAAAAUGACGAAAGUGUUAAUGAAACCUAG